GAGAGAGAGAGAGAGAGAGAGGAUGGUCGAGCAUCACAGCAGCCUCCGUCAGAUGAGCUGAAAGCUCUGUGGAGCAACAGAUAGACUGAGAGAGAGCGGGUGAGAGGAGGAGAAGAAGAAGAGUGAGGAGGAGAGAGAGUGGGAAUCUACUCUUCUCUCUUCAUCCCUCCAUCUCGACAACACGCUGCUCUCCACCUCCCGCCUCCUCCCACCAGACAUGGGGAUCCCCCAACUUUGAGGCUUUUCCCUCCUCUCCAUCCUCCUCCUGCAUCCACCCAUCCCCAUCAUCCCCUCCUCCUCCCUCCAUCCUCCUGCAUCCUCCUCCUCCCUCCAUCCCCAUCAUCUCCUCCUCCUCCCUCCAUCCUCCUCCCUCCAUCCCCAUCAUCUCCUCCUCCUCGCGUGUAUUUUGCUCUGGAGCCUCACGGGCGGCUGAACACUGGAGGAGCUGACGGAGCGCAGAGAUGCAGGGAUCUCUCCCCCUGUCAGCCGCCGCCUCCUCCCACCUCCACCACCACCGAGGACACGCAGCUUUUAUGACAUUUUCUUGCGAGAGCGUGCAGGAGCGCAGGGGGGGUGCGCGCACGUGCCCGGGCGGCGCACAGAUGGAUCAGUGCGUUCCGAGUGUGAUGGAGACAAACACCCGCCGCUGCAGAAAGUGCGGAGCUCUGCCAACAUGUGACGAGUUUUCUGCUCAAGUUUGACUGAAAGAGGCUCCGAGCCGCAAAGAGAAGGUGUGUGACCCCCUGCUCCUCUUCCUCCUCCUCUUCCUCCUCAGGAUGGAUCCUCUUUGGCUUCUUCUUCUGCUCCCAUCCCUCCUCCGAGCCCAGGUGACUCCAGACUCCACACCAGGAGUCCUGGUGGAGUCAGACAACAGCACCGAGUCUUUGACAAACAGCACCAGAACUUCAGACCCCUCCGGGAGCUUCAGACCCUCAGAGCCUUCUGGGUUUGCAGCCACAGCUUCAGAGGCUCCCACACAGGAGGAGGAUGACUGGACUCCAGCUGAGACCUUCUUGUACACGGGAGACCCCUUCACUCUGGAGGUGGCACGCUGCUCACGGGCGUACAGCUCAGUGGGGCAGACCGGGUCCCUGCCCAUCGGCUUUGGCCCCCCCCUCCGGCCGGCUCUGGACGCACUGGCAAGUACUGCCAACUUCCUCAACAUGAUCUUCCAGGCCAGUGACCUGCGGGAGAGCACGGUGCAGGAGGACAUGGAGUGGUACCACGCCCUGGUCCGGGCCCUCCUGGAGGCCGACGUGCUCAUCCAGCAGGCCCUGCUCACCUUCGAUGCCGACCCCACCAACCCGGUGCCACAGCUGGUGCUCCGAGCCACCCGCAACCCCACGGCCAAGGUGCAGACCAUCAUCCUACAGGACUUAUCCAAGGCCUGGGGGAGCCUGCACCCGCCGGCCCCGGCCCCCGACGACAGCUGGUUCACAAGCUUUAAGUUCCCAGAGUCCAACCAGCCAAUGGCAGCCCUGUCUAAGCGGGUGCUGCUCAAUGACCUCAGCACCUUGGACACGCCCAAGUGGGGGCAGGGGGACAGCUACGUGACCAAUCGCAGCGGGGUGCGCUGGGCCAGCGCCCCCUUUCUGGACUGUGAGGACGGACGCUUUGUGCCAGGAUGGAUGCUGACGCUGUCCACGUCUUUCUACGGCCUCAAGCCCGACCUGACACCUGAGUUCAGAGGUGUGAUCCGUGUGGACGUCAACAUCCAGGACAUCGACUUGGACCAGUGUGCAACGGGAGACAGCUGGUUUGCUGAUACACACCAGUGCAACCGCACCAGCAUGGAGUGUGUGCCAGCACCAGGCCGGGGCUUCCGCCUGGGUCAGUACUGCUGCCGCUGUAAAGAGGGCUUCUUCAACCCGGAGAUCUUUCCUCUGGACUCAGAUGGUGGCCCUGUGAACGCGAGUGACGGCGGCGGCGUGUGUUACCCGAACAUGCCCAUCUGUCUCCCGUGCUGGCCGGGCUGUAAGAGCUGUGAGGACGGCGCCCCCUGCUGGGUGCAGGAGGACUGGCUCCUCAGGGCCACCGUGUUGGCCAUCCAGGGGGUCUUCAUGCUCCUCAUCUUCGUCAGCAUGCUGGCGGCCUACAGGCAUCGUCGAAACCGGCGGAUCCGAGCGUCCGGCCUCCUGCUGCUGGAGAUGAUCUUGUUCGGCUCUCUGCUCCUCUACUUCCCGGUUUUCAUCCUUUACUUCAAGCCGAGCACCUUCAGGUGCAUCCUGCUGCGCUGGGUCCGAAUGCUCGGCUUCUCCAUCGUCUACGGCACAGUCACUCUGAAGAUGUACAGGGUGCUGAAGGUGUUCCUCUCACGCACGGCCCAGCGGGUGCCCUACAUGUCCAGCCUCCACCUGCUGAGGAUCCUGGGAGUCAUGCUGAUGACGGUCAGCUGGUUCCUGUGUGCGUGGACGGUGGGCGUCCUCCAGAACCGCGACAGGAACAUCCCGGUGUUCGUCACAACCAACACGACAGAGGGACAGGGCUUCAACCUGUGUUACCUGGACCGCUGGGACUACAUGAUGGCUGUGGCCGAGCUUCUGUUCCUGUGCUGGGGGAGCUCCCUGUGGACCGCCGUCCGGCCGGUGCCCUCGGCCUUCCACGAGCCUCGCUACAUGGGCAUCGCCAUCCACAACGAGCUGCUCCUCUCCUCCAUGUUCCAACUGUUCAGGUUCACCUUCCCCUCUCUCCAUCCUGACUGGAUGUUGCUGCUCUCCUUCACGCACACUCAUGUCACCAUCACUGUGACGCUCGCCCUGCUCUUCAUUCCCAAGUUUCUUCACGUGUCCAAGCCCGGGAGGGAGGAGAUCGCAGCAGAGGUGUAUGAGGACGAAGUGGACCUGCGGCGCUCGUACCUGAACAGCAGCUUCCACUCGGCUUGGAGCGAGCACAGUGUGGACCCGGAGGACUUUCGGGAUGAACUGAAGAAGUUAUAUGCCCAGUUAGAAGUCCACAAGACGAAGAAGAUGACCGCAAACAACCCCCAUCUCUCAAAGAAGCGGAGCUCUAGAUGUGCACUGGGGAGGUCCAUUAUUAAACGUAUCGCUGAGAUCCCAGAGUCCAUGAGCCGACAGUGCAGCCGCGAGGACAGAGAUGGAUCCUUCCACAGCAGAAGUGUGAACAUGUCGGACUCUUUCAGGAGGAACCCAGACGCCGUCAGUAUCAGUUACAAAAGUUCAAUGAAGUCCCCGUCACCGUCCAUGCGCAAGUCCCAAAGUGAACAUCACUAUGUCAGAGAACGAGACGCUUCCAUGCGCGACUCCAUGUUAAAGGCCAACGUUGUGAAGACGCCCUCCCAGCGAUCUCAGACGGACUCCUUAGAUAUUCCUCCAGGGGUCUGCAAGUCCGCCAGCGCCCAGAACCUGACUAUUGAUAUCAACCUCCUGCAUCCCGAUCACACCAGACUCCAUAAGUCCUGGAGCCUCACCUCCACCACCGCCCAUUCUAUGGAAAAUAUACCAAAGGUUAACAGAGCCAGAACAGUGCUGACCAGGUCCCGGCAGAGCAUUUCCAUCAGUGACCAGACCAGGAGUGCUCUCCAGUCCGAGUCGUUUGACAAGGCGGAGGUCUGUCCUUGGGAGGUGGAGCCAGAGCCAACAGGCGAUAGGAAUCAGAAGCAUGUCACCUACGCAAACUCUGAGGACGGUGAGGAACAAAGGCCAGCAUCUCCACAGGUACUUGUCUGUCCCUGGGACCAUUUACCGCCUGUCCAGAAGACUCCUUCUGAGGACAGAGGACUUCAAGGUGAAAGUGAGUCACCUAAACCACAAGCUUCUGUUUCUGCAAGCGCACCGGGCUCUCCGAGACCAAAGUUCACCAAAGAUCAGCGCGUCUUCUCCUUCCGCACCACCACCAGUAAGUGGCUCUCUGUGAAGUCAGCCAUGGGGUCCAUGGAUUCAGGAAGCAGAUCCAGUAAGGACGGACAUUUAAAUAAAGAAGAUUCUGUCUCACAAAGAAGCCAGGAAAGUGCUUCUACAACACCCAGAUUGGGAACAUCUAGCAGGCGUCCAAGCAUGGAGAAGAGGUCACUGCAGAAAAGAAGCAUGACGACACCAGAAGGAAAACCAUGCCUUGUAAAGCAGCAUGCAAUCAGACUGUCCUCUGGGGAUUCCUCGGACAGAAGCCCAAGAAAGCUUGUGAUUUUAAAAUCUGGCGUAUACCCAUGGGACAUGGAUGAUAUGCAAAAAGACGGCACCUACGAAAAUGUGUUUCUAUCAAGGCAGAACAGCAAACGCAGCAGUAUCAGCUCCUGGGACACUGCUAGCAGCUCAAGAACUCCUUCAACUCACAGGAGAGGCAGUUACAGAAUUACUCCGGUCCGCAAUGUGGCUCAUGCAGAUGUGUGUCCAUGGGAGGGAGCUGGUGCUCUGCAGCAAGGAGAAGGACCAAAGAGGCAGCAGAGCCUUAAAGCAGAUGUCUGCCCUUGGGAUUCCCAGGUAUCUGAAGUAUCUAAUGUUUGUCCAUGGGACUCUCAAGAGCAAGGGAAUAUGAGAAGACAAGGGAGUGGUCGUGGUGAAGUGCGUCCGUGGGAAUCUGCAGAUAUUCCUGUUAUUUCUCGUGCUACUCUGUCCAAAGAUUCACAGAGACAACAGUCUUUGAAACCUGCAGCAAACAUAUGUCCGUGGGAGACGGCAGAAUCUCCCCAACCUUCAGUGAGACAAGAUAAUGAAUAUACUAAUAUUUGUCCCUGGGAUGUUAAGGACAAGGCUGAAGUCGUAUAUGAAAAUCUAAAUCCUUUGGAGACCAAGGGAACGUUGGCAGUUCCCCAUCGACAAGAGGUUAUGAAACCUGCCACGUGUCCUGGUGCAUCCACAGAAAUGGUAAACAAUGAGCAACAAUUCAAAACAGUAUCCGCUGUUCACGAUUGGGGUAAACAAGGGACCAAGACAUCGGAAAGUUGUCCAUGGGAAUUCCCUGAUCCUCCUCAAAUCGUGGAAGUUAUUUGUCCGUGGGACGAGGGAAGCACAGAGCCAACAAACACAGACUCAUCUUCACAAAUGACCAUCAAGGUAGAUGUGUGUCCCUGGGAAACUGGAAAUCAAGAGGGACCAGGAGACUCACAAGAGGACGUCUCCGCUGGUACAGAUGCACAGAUUCAGACUGAAGGAAAAGACAACACAAGAGUAAAUGUAUGCCCCUGGGACACCGAGUCCCCUGAAAGAAAUGUAGCUGCCAAGAUGGCAUCACAGGGGCUGGAACGACAAGCAGAUGUUUGUCCAUGGGAAACUGCAGGACCGGAAUCAGGUAAGCCAGAGACCCCCAAAAUAUCCGACAGUCAUUUAAGACAAGACACAGCUCGGGGAGAUGUUUGUCCGUGGGACACAGAAGAACCAAAAGUUCUUAAAAAACAAGACACAGCUCGGGGAGAUGUUUGUCCGUGGGACACAGAAGAACCAAAAGUUCUUAAAAAACAAGACAGCACUCCGGCAGAUGUUUGUCCGUGGGACACAGAAGAACCAAAAGUUCUUAAAAAACAAGACAGCACUCCGGCAGAUGUUUGUCCGUGGGACACAGAAGAACCAAAAGUUCUUAAAAACAAGACAGCACUCCGGCAGAAUGUUUGUCCGUGGGACACAGAAGAACCAAAAGUUCUUAAAAAUCAAGACACCACUCCGGCAGAUGUUUGUCCGUGGGACACAGAAGAACCAAAAGUUCUUAAAAAUCAAGACAGCGCUCCGGCAGAUGUUUGUCCGUGGGACACAGAAGAACCAAAAGUUCUUAAAAAUCAAGACAGCGCUCCGGCAGAUGUUUGUCCGUGGGACACAGAAGAACCGGGAAGUGUCAAAGAGCAGGAUAGCGCUGUACCUGAUGUUUGUUUGACAGAUCCACAAACAUCAACCGACGUCGACACUCGCCACAGUGAGAAAGACGAAGUGACAGGAGAUAUGGAGACUCUCACUGACAUCGGCACAGAACAGAUGGAUGAGUCCAAAACGAACUUAGCGUUGGGUCGGCGUGAUGCUCUGUGUCCCUGGGAGAUGGUCCGGAGCAGAUCUGGGUCGUUCACUGACAACGCCUCGGACGUCUUUACUUGGGAGCCUGAGAAUAUUCCAGAGGAAGACGAGGAGGACGAUGCAGAAUGUGCUGCUGAGGCGUUUGUGUUCCCAACGGACUUGUGACCUAGCGCUAGCCACUAGCCACUAGCUCCCUCUAAAUCAACAGGAAUAGGAACUCUGUUGAACCUGUUGAUGUUCAGGAGGACCUUUAAACUCCUCCUGCUCCACUGGGAGUUCAGAGUGCUGCUCGGGAACAGCGCCCCCUGCAGCUGGCGGAGCAGAAAGCUCUUUCUGACGGACAAGUCGCUGGGCUGCGAUAUUUCAGGUUGGAUUCACUCCGUCACUAAGAUGUGUUGUUAUAGUAGCACAUGUUGCAGACUUGUUAAAACCCCAUUGAUCCUGCAUUGACCUACAAAGAGACUUUUUUUGAAUGAUGGGAGGCCGUUCGAUGAAGUCCCCUUUCUUCCUGCCUCUACCCCCACCC